CAUGCUGCAGAGAUUUCUAAUUGGAUUGAUCAAACUUCAGAAACUCAUCAUUACCUGCAUUAUGAUGUUUCAGAAAUUCCAUAUGAGUUCAAACUGUUACAUAGGGGCAGCAGGGAUGGAUUUGAAUUUGAUAGGCCAUAUAUGGGUUAUUGGGCUGGUAAAUUAAUUGUUUCAAAAGUCAGUAAAACAAACGAGAUAAUUGGUGGAUUUAUUCCUCUUGAAAACCGUAUGGUGAAAACUGGAACAGACCGGUGGAAAACAAAUUAUAGUUUUAUUUUUUCUUUAAAAAAUGAAAUCCAGAAGGAAUCUAUUCUUAGCAGAGUAAAUAAUGUAGAAUGUGCAAUAAUUGUAAACAACACACUUCUAUCUUUUGGCGGAUCAGAUCUUAGAAUAGAUG